GGCGGCCGGGGCGUGGGAGGGAAUCGGGCUCCGCCAAUCCGAGGUGAGAGUGAGGGAAGUGACACUGAUUGAGCGCCGUCUGUGUACUGUUUCCACUGUCCUCACAAGACUGCGCAUUUUGUAGAUGAGGAAACUUGUUGAAUCCCUCGAAAUUACACGGCCAACUCCCUCGGCCGCAACCUUCGGCCCCAGCUCCCGCUCCGUCUGGGCCAGCCCUUGGCCCCCUCCUUCCCGGUACUUCGGAAAUCUGACGAACGGCCCAAACGCCAGGUCGCUGCUCUGAGAGAUGCAGCGGUAACAGCAGGGCCGCGGCGGCAGCGGGAAAGCUGGUCCUUCGCUGCCCAGCGAGCUGAGCCUGCGGGAAUGGCAGGCUCGGGGAGCCUGGUCCUGAGGCCAUGGAUUCGAGAGCUGAUCCUGGGGUCAGAGUUACUCUCAAGUCCACGGGCCGGGCAGCUGCUGAAGGUACUGCAGGACGCCGAGGCCCCGGGCCCAUCCCGCGCCCCUAACGUGUCUGACGUCGAGACUACGCUGCUUGUGUCCGACGGGACCCACAGUGUCCGAUGCCUGGUGACGCGGGAGGCCCUGGAUACCUCGGACUGGGAAGAGAAGGAAUUCGGAUUCCGCGGAGCCGAGGGCCGGCUGCUGCUGCUACGGAACUGCAGGGUCUGCAUCCAGGUCUCGGAGGGCGGCACGCCUGCAGAGUUUUACCUCCAAGUGAACCGCUUCAGCCUGCUGCCCACAGAGCAGCCCCGGGUGUGGGUGAUGGAUUGCCACCAGGACUUAGAUGUGCAGAAAAAGCUCUGUGACUGCCUUGAGGACCACCUUUCAGAGUGUACCUCUUCCAACACAGGCCUAUCCCUGUCUCAGCUUUUGGAUGAGGUGCAGGAGGACCAGGAGCAUCGGGGAGCGCUCGUUCGGCUGGCCGAGAGCUGCCUGGUGCUGGCAGGCCCUUGUGCAGCGCCCACUCUCACCCGCUGGGCUGCCUCACGCUGUAGGGCCCUGGAGGAAACCGUGUACACUGUCCCCAGCCUGUUGCUGCACAUCCCCGAGAACGAGCAGCAAGUUCUGAGCUCUCUGGGCCCAGGCCACAGGCCGCAAGGGACACCUGCGUUACCCAAGCACGUGCCAUCACACGAAGGUGAUACCAGCACCAGUCUUCAGCCUGCCCUGCCCUUGGCUACUCCAGACCCAGUGCAGGACAACAGCCAGCCCCUGCCAGCCCACUGCUCAGCUGCCAGUCCCACACUUCUUCCCAGCUCCCCACAGUCCAGCCAGGCAGGCAGUUCCUCACUCCUGACCUGUACUCCCAGUCUCUCACCCCUUAGUCAUGUCCCCCUUCAACACCAGGCCCCUGUGACCAGGUCCCAGAAACCUAGCCUGGAGUUCAAGGAGCUAGGUCUGUCCACCAAGAACCAACAGCAAGAACCAAGGAGCAGAUCCACGGAGGGGACCCAGGAGUCCACUGUGUGGGCUCCUCCAACAAGGCAUCGUGAUGGUUCUACCUUCCAAUAUAAGUACCAGCCACCCUGCUCCUCCCUCUGUGCCCAGGUCCAAGCCACCAGGCUCCCUCCCCAGCUCAUGGCCUGGGCCUUGCACUUUCUGACGGAGCCCCAGCUGGAGUCCGAAGUAACCCAGGUGUGAGGGGGUCCUGCAGGCAGCCUGGGGGUGAACACAAAGUGUCCCACACUCUGCUUCCUUUGCGUUUUUUAAUAAAAUAAUCUCAUGCGGCAGGA